AUGACAGAUCGAAAAACUGUGAAACGCCACUCUCUGAAUUUACAAAAGAGUGUUGAUCAAGGGAACCACACUGAUGGUGAACAUAGAGAGGAUUUACUUGUGAGUUUCACUCAUGACGGGCCAGUCCUGAAGGACGAACCAUCAAAAAGCGGACUGUCAGCUAGAAAGAAAAGAAAGGUCGGAAAAACUUUAGGCAGUGUGGGACCAGAUUAUAGUGAAGCUAAAGUCCAGCAGCUCAGUAGCGCAAAGCUGGAAUUAGAAAAAAACCACGCGAUGAUUCUCGUGGGUACUCAUAAUGCUGAUGAUACGACCAAAUUUGAUGCUAACCAAAAUGGAUCCGAUAGCAAGAACAAUUACAACGAACCAGGUGAACUAAAUGAAGAACAGCAAGCGAGGGUACUCGCAGCAGCAAAUGCGAUGGUGGAAGAAGAUACGCUGUUGAUGAUGUCCUCAGGCCAAGAUUUAGCCUGUGUCGAUGAUCCACUAGGUACGCAACCGUCUACAGCUGCUAGUGGAACCGAAGAGCAAGGAAGCCAGCUUUCAAGCUACCAGAAAUAUGUACACAAGAAACCAAGUCAAGUGGGGCCUCCAGAACUUCCUCAUCACAAUUAUGAUAAUAUCCACGAUAUCGAUGACUUGAUUAUAGCGACCUCUCAGAAGGCAAAUGAAUGGUUUACCAAGAAUGUACCUGAAGGGUUACGUGGAAAACCACGCCCAUUCACGGAUGAGGAAGAUGCAAUAAUUGACUACUACUUAGCAGGGUUUUGUCAUUUCAAGAAAUGGAAUAGAGAUGACUUGUGCAACAGAAUAUGGACAAAUGAUCGUACCAAGGAUAAGUUUUGGAAAAAAGUUUGCAAGGCGAUUCCAUAUAGGACACAGUCCAGUAUUUACAAACAUAUCAGAAGACGUUAUCACAUUUUUGAUGUAAGAGCAAAAUGGAAUUCUGAAGAUGAUGAUAAAUUGAAAACUUUGGCUAUUACACGUGAAGGUCAGUGGAAAACAAUUGGCGAGAUUUUGGGAAGAAUGCCAGAGGAUUGUCGAGAUAGAUGGCGGAACUAUAUCAAAUGUGGGCCACGACGUGCAUUGCAAAAAUGGACACCAGAGGAAGAGACCAAUUUGGUAAGCGUUGUUAACGAAAUGUUGCAUAGCUUGAGGUCCAAAGAAGGCAAGGAUGUUGAUGCAUCAAAGAUAAACUGGACAGUAGUGAGCGAGCAGAUGAACGGAUCGCGUUCACGUAUUCAGUGUCGUUACAAAUGGACCAAAUUGAACGAGAACCAGAACCGCAUCGAGUUGCCAAGAAUGAGCAACGAGACAAAGCUUUGGCUUUUGAGGAAGCUAGAAAAGAAACAUACAAAGUCAUUGGAGAAAGUCAAGUGGCACAAAUUGAUGAAGAGUUAUGUUAAAAACAAGCCUGAUAAUGCCGGUUGGACACAAAAAGAUUUUGAACAAUAUUUGAGUGAUCUGGUUCUACAGUCAUCGCAGAAGUUGAAUUUUCAAAACGCUAUAAAAGAUGAAAUCACGAGGUUGAACUCAUAG